CCUUUAAGAGAACGAGAUUCUAGGGUUUAGGAGAUUUCCACGAUGAGGCCGCAGCGGCAAGCGCGAUCCAGGAUUUCCUACGCCGAGAGCGUCUCUGACGACGACGAUGAAGAUUUCUCGGCGCUGCCCGUGAGAACCAGCGCAAGGCGGCGGCCGGAGCGUGAGAGCAGAAGCUCGGCAGCAGCAGCAGCAGCAGCAGCACACAAGAAGAAGAAGGCGAGGCCAAAUCCAAAGGAACGGGCAGAGGCAAUGCAGCUUGAGAGGGCCAUCAGAGAGUCACUCAAUGAUGUAGCGGUGGCCUCAGAGAUCUCGACGGCCAGUUUUGUUUCUUCGUCGCCCACAAAUCCAUCCAUUGCGUUCCAGUGCUUGCUCGAUGUUACUUACGAAGAAGGUCGCUCAAGAGCUUUUGAGCUACAAGAAUCUGGCGAGGCAGCUGAUGCAGGAGACCGCUCGAAACAGUACGAGCCAAGUGGUGCAGGAAAUCUCACGAAACAGCCACAGCCGGCUGAUGUAGAUGAUCUUGCGAAAGUGCAAGAGCCAACUAUGGAAGAGGAUAUGGUUCACGAAGAAGAUCGAGCGACGCAUCAAGAAGUAGAAGAUAUGCCAGACAGCACCAAACGUAGAGGCGAAAAGGAAGAGCAAGGGAACGGCACGAAUGCUAGCAGACACGCUUCUCCGAAGAGAAUUAAAAAGCGGAGAAUGAAUGAAGGAGAAGAUGUAAGUGCUUCUUUUGGAGUAGGCGAAACCGCAAAAGUGAAGAAGCCUGAAUGUUCCUCUGCAACUCCGGACGAGCUCCUGCCUCCAGUACAAUCCUCGACCACUCUAUCACAGCGAAGAGUAGUGGGAUUGUCCAGACGUUUCAGGCCACCGUCAUUACACCCUUACUUGAACAGUUGAGCAGCGCAUCCUUUUCUAUCUUUAGAGGAUAUCAAAGUGGUUCGUUGAGGAUAUUGGAAGUUUUCCACCAAAACUGAGACGGAGAAAUUCGCCAUGUUUAGUCGAGCUCAUCACGAAAAGCUAAGUAGCGGUUUCCUCGAGUAAUAGAAUAUCUUAUCAUAGAGCGUUUUUUUAUCCCUCCUUUAAACUUGAAGAUUCAUGUACCAGGGGGCUUUCUCAGUCUAGUAUAGGCAACUCAGGAAAUACUAUUCGCAUUUCAGUCUGGUUACAGGUGCGUUGGCAAAGCCAUAGCUCUUGCUUUAGGUGCUGUCGGUGCCAAAGAAGUUUGCGUUCGUGGAGGAAUCGUCAACGUAACGCACGCAGCCGACGGUGAGGGGCAGCAAAGGCGUUAAGAUGCGUUACAAAGUCAUGUAGGAACUGGUAGAUGACAUGAGGAGGGUCUCUUGAAGCCCAUCCAGGAGGAAAAUCCAAUUGGAAAUUGGAGGUUCGAGCGGUUUUCACGAGUGGAAGUGGACGAGUGGCGUUAUGCAUGGUGACGGAAGGAAAGCUGACCAAAGGCUACAAGCGAGGGAAGAAAAGCGUGCACACUGGGAGCUUGAGCUCGCUUCGACGGGUAAAAGAUGUAGCCAAAGAGGUUUUGGAAUGUUGUCGAUGGGUUCAACGAGUGGCAAGAAGGCGACACCAUACAGGCAUGGAGAAGCAAAGAACUGGCGAGGACGCGCCCGCGACUCUCUAGCCAGCGAGAAGAAACGCUCAAAAUCAUAAAGGUCGAAAACCUGGAGAAGACUCUAAUCAACUGCUCGAUGUCGUCCACAGCCAGUGCCAAAUCGGUAAAGAACAUUCUCAUUGCAAGAUCGGCUAUGUCGUCGAUGCGGUCCAGCCUGCGAAGACUGUUAACGCGAGAGCCAAAAUAUCCCACUAAUGCGCCAGCUCCCUGCCGUCUUCUCCCGCGCGUAGGCACCAAGAACAGCCACAAAGAUUCUCGCGUCCUUGAUCCAGCAUGAUGGAGAAAAGUUCCAGUGCCAAAUCCUUUUCUCCACUCCGAGAACUUUCCGUUGUCGGUGUAACUGGAAAAUCUGGGCAUGAUUCCGAGAGCAGGCCACAACUCUGAGAUUGCGUGAGCAGCUGGCGAUUGCGGAGAUUGCAUUGUGAUUCCACAGGUUUUGUCAGUGAAUGCCGCCAAGAACUCAACAGAGCUGGUUGCCAGGCUCACACUGCGCAGACCAAGCGCACCACACCGCAGGGAAUGAAGCGCCGGCGAUUCUCACAGCAUUGUGUUCGUGGUUUGCUGUGAGCAAUAGGAUGCUCGCCGAUUAUUUGGAAACAAAAAGUAUUUCCACCAAGUCACUAGGCACUUUGUUUAAUGCUUUUAUUCAGACGUAUUGGAUUCUUUUGAAUAAGAAAGGUAAAAAUUGUUUGUGGAAAAA